AUGAGUAUGAAAGCACUUGUCUACACAGGCCCCGGGACCGUGGAGCUCCUAGAUCGUCCCAGGCCGACCGUGCAGGUGCCCACCGAUGCCGUCGUACGUCUAUUACACGCCUCCAUCUGCGGCACGGAUCUACACACCCUCAAAGGCGACGUUCCCAGUAUCCAGCCAGGUUUGGUCCUCGGCCACGAAGGGGUCGGAGUCAUCGAGGCCCUGGGUUCUGCGGUCGAUGCCUUCGUCGUUGGAGAGCGCGUUCUCAUCUCUUGUAUGACCUCUUGCGGGGCGUGUCCCUUUUGUCGACGAGGUCUCUCCGCGCACUGUAUGAACGGCGGGUGGAUGCUGGGAAACCGGAUCGAUGGCACACAGGCUGAAUACGUUCGUGUCCCCCACGCGACCCUUUCAUUACAUCGGCUGCCCGAGUCGGUUGAUUCCCGCGCUGCGGUCGCCGUGUCGGAUGCGUUUCCUACCGGCCUUGAAUGUGGUGUCCUGAGUGCGGAUGUUCAGCCUGGCUCCUCGGUCGUAAUCGUAGGUGCAGGGCCCGUGGGGAUGGCCGCCCUUCUGACAGCUCAACUGUACACCCCCGCCAUCCUUGUGGUGGUGGAUCUAGAUGAGGCGCGGCUCGCCACGGCCCGAAGACUGGGCGCCCAUGCGACGGUGAAUUCGGGAUCGACGGAUGCGGAGCAACAGCUCAUGGAUCUCACUGAGGGUCAGGGAUUUGACUCGGUCAUCGAAGCGGUAGGAAUCCCCGCCACAUUCGGCUUGUGUCAGAGGGUGGUGGCUAUCGGGGGUCGCAUUGCCAACGUGGGUGUGCACGGAACCAAGGUGGAUCUUCAUCUGGAGACAUUGUGGGAGCGCAACAUUAGCAUUCAUAUGUCCUUGGUCAACGCCACGACGACACCUCGUCUUUUGCGACUAGUGGAGUCGGGACAGUUAGACAUUGGCUCUUUAGUGACCCAUCACUUCUCCUGCGCCGAGGCAACCCAAGCCUACGACACAUUCCAGGCAGCCUCUCGGCACCAGGCACUCAAACCUAUGAACCACGGAGUACUAUAUUGCCAGAUCCUCUCACUGGAUCGAAAACAAGGACUGUACUUGCGGGAUGGCCAACUUGCCGUGAAUCGGCGCGACAGGGCACUUUCGGCCCAGUUUCAUUGCUGA